AGGGAGAAACCAUCUAGUCCGGGUACUCCGCCUCACCAACAGCCCAACGUGAACUUCAUGCCCACGUUUCACCAUCCGUUUGGCCAGUUUCCAAGUCAAUACCAACCACCGUUUACAGCUACACAAAGAAGCCCUAUCGAUGUACUAAUGAGGGUGUUUCCAGGAAGGAGGAGAUCAGACGUUGAGAGCAUCUUACAAAGGUGCAAAGGCGACGUCCUGCAAGCCAUGGAACUGAUGGUGAGCGGCGCCGUCCAAGAAGACGUCUCCGCCCCUUCAGCAUUCUCCCCUCUUGGCCCACCCGCCAACUACCAUCGGUACAGCCCCUCGCGCCGCUUUCUCUCCGCCCCUUACGCUGGAACGGGCUACCUGCCUACUGUGAUUCGUCCACCGCCAGACUAUCUCUCUCUAGUGAGCGGGGCUGUGCACGAUAUUUACAAGAGCGAGAACACCACCGCGUCAUCGCCUGGAUCGAACACCGGGUCGGAUAAAACCAGUUACUCGGAAUAGCCACUGUUGUAUGAUAGUUGUGGAGGGUGUAGUUACCAUUAGGGAUGUUUGUCAGGUUUAGUAAUUGU